UGCCAAGGGAAGACCCAAGGGGAGUGGUCGACCCAAAGACAGGUACAGGAGUUGUCAUCUCACGAAACGUGGUGGACAUGCAUAGAAUGAUGCCCCUCCCCUGGUAUGACGAGUCGUCUACCAUCCAGAAUCAGAGGAAUGCUCUUCGAAUCCAGAAUGGCCCCAACACAGCAACGGGAGGAUCUCCCGCGAAGCUAGAGGGCCUCGGGAUCAAUGUCGACGACGAUCCUUUGCAGGUUUACUCGGUCGAAGGCGACAGGCAAGACAAUGCCAGGCUCAAGGAGCAGGGAGUGCGAGUAUCCCACUUUCCUUUCAACAUCUACAAGGCCGUUCCCAACGUCCUGUGGGACAAGACACAGUUCGACGCCAAGACCGAAGAGCCCCGAGCCAUCUGGGACCCGAAGCAAGUUCAGAACUCGGGCGCCAAGUUGGAGAGGAGGGGAGUGAAAGUGAACUCUGUGCCGCAGCUUCCUCCUUGGUCGGAGGAGGUGAAGGGGGAGAGCCGCUCCUACGUCGACGGGAUGUUCGACCGAUCCAUGGAUGUCUCACAAGCUCAUUCAGAUUUCAUCGAAUCGUCACCAGAUGGUCAACCGCUGCAUCCUUUCCUCAACGGCGAGGUCUUCUAACCCAUGUACCUGUGUAUAUUUCUCUACCUCU